AUGACUAUGAAUGAUCCAUCUUGCAGUGGUGUGAAUGCAAACGCAAAUGUCGUCGACAGGGGCGGAUCGCCUCAGCGCGAUAACGCCAACAUCAACAAACAGCAUCCCCACAAUGGUCAGCAGGACGCCGUCGCUGAUGCUCCAGAGGCGCUCCAAAUUGCCAUUUGCGGUAUUGCAUUGCGUCUUCCCGGAGGAAUAAGCAACUGCGAAGCGUACUGGGACCUCUUGUACCAUGGCCUCGAUGUCAGACGUCCUAUUCCUAGCAGCCGCUUCAACAUCGAUGGGUUUAACGAUAGUCUUAGAGGAAAAGACUCUAUCAAAACCAAACAUGGCUAUUUUAUCGAAGACGAUCUUUCAUUCCUUGACACGUCGUUCUUCUCGCUGACUAAAAAUGAACUUGAAAGGGUUGAUCCGCAGCAACGUCUGCUCCUUGAAGUAACCCAUGAAUGUCUCGAGGAUGCAGGAGAAAUCAAUUACCGUGGAAAGCAAAUCGGCUGCUACGUCGGUACUUUCGGAGACGAUUGGUUGAUCAUGAACACCAAGGAGCCCCUCCGAGGAGGACUAUACGCUACAACUGGAGGUGCAGAUCUCAUGAUGGCCAAUCGUAUUUCGUACGAAUAUGACUUUCAAGGACCCAGUAUGGUUAUUAAAACAGGCUGCUCAAGCUCAGCAGUAGCACUCCACGAAGCUUGUCGCGCCAUCCAGAAAGGAGAUGCUUCAAGCGCCAUUGUCGGAGGCGCCAACAUGAUCAUGACACCAGCACUUACAGCAACAAUGUCAUCUGGUGAGGUAUUGGCCCCUGAUGCAUCUUGCAAGACCUUUGAUGCCGCUGCUGAUGGCUAUGCUCGUGCCGAAGCCAUAACAGCUAUCUACAUCAAGCCCUUGUCCGAUGCUAUCCGUGAUGGCAAUCCGAUAAGAGCUAUUGUUAAAGGUACAGCUGUGAACUGUGAUGGUAAGUGUGUUAGUCUCGUGACUCCGAAUGGAGCUGCUCAUGAAGCUUUGAUGCGAGAGGCGUAUAGAGACGCUGGGUUGGAUCCGAAGGAUACCGCAUUUGUCGAGUGCCAUGGUACUGGGACACCAACGGGUGAUCCUAUAGAGGCUACGGCAGUCGGAAAAGUCUUUGGGGGAGAGAAGGAAGUUUUCAUCACUUCAGUCAAACCGAAUCUCGGCCAUUCAGAGGGUUCCGCCGGGCUGUCGUCUGUCAUCAAGUGUGUUCUCGCUAUAGAGCAUCAGAUGAUUCCACCCAACAUCAAGCUCAAGAACCCCAAUCCGAAUAUCCCUUUCUCCAAGUACAACCUGAAUGUUCCACUCGAGCCAACGCCAUUUCCAUCAGAUCGACAGAAAAGAGUCAGCAUCAACUCUUUUGGGAUUGGGGGAAGCAAUGCCCAUGUUAUUCUCGAGUCAUAUUCUUCAAGACAAAAUGAGGCUUCAACCUCAGUCGGCCAACGAAAUUCGGAAUCGCCUUCCUUGCUCCUAUUGUCAGCCAAUACGGAAACAUCCCUCCAAAGGCAGAUUCGCAACCAUCAGGAAAGAACAGCUAGAAAUCCCGAUUGCAUCGCUGAUCUUGGUUAUACCCUUGCAACGCACCGUAGGCAUCUACCUCAUAGGGCGUUCAUUGUUUCUCAGCGUGAGAAGUCAAUCGAAGUCUCAAGUCUAUUAAGAAUCCCUUCUAGUCCCCCGUCGCUCGUCUUUGUCUUCAGCGGACAAGGUGCACAGUGGCCUGGAAUGACGAAAGAACUCAUCGAAGGUGAUGACGCUUUUCGCUGUGACUUGAAUGCCAUGAACUCAGUCCUCCAGAGACUUGAGUUCCCGCCGAGCUGGAACCUCAUAGAUGAGCUUCUAAAGCCUGCGGAGACUUCUCAAAUAAACCGAGCUGAACUAUCACAGCCUCUCUGCACAGCAAUCCAGUUAGCGCUAGUCAACAAGUUCUCCCGCCUGGGGCUUUCUCCAACUGCUAUUGUUGGCCAUUCCAGUGGAGAAAUAGCUGGUACUUACGCAGCUGGUUACAUCUCCAUGGAAGAAGCCAUCGUCAUCGCCUAUUAUCGCGGCUAUGUGACAACAAAGCAGACCCGUCACGGGGGCAUGGCGGCUGUCGGAAUGGGAGCACAAGGUAUUUCCGAGUAUCUAACUGACGGUGUUGUUGUGGCCUGUGAAAACAGCCCGGAAAGCACUACCAUUUCUGGAGAUGCAGAUCGGAUAGCUCAAGUUGUUGAAGCCAUCAAAAAGGCUGAUUCUGACAUGUUUGCUCGUCUUCUCAAGGUCGACAUGGCUUAUCACUCACAACACAUGUUGCCUUUGAGUGCCGAGUACCAAGGUCUUCUUGAGUCUGAACUCCCGAAGCACGCUGGGACUAUCUCCUCCACUAAGAUUGAUAUGUUCUCCUCUGUCACCACUGAAAAUUGGACCUCAUUCUGCCUUGGCCGGUCCUCUGAGGCAGAUCUGUUCAGCUUCAUCACAACCAUUCUACUACAUCUCUUCCAAUCUCGCGAUGAAGAUUCCUCGGCUAUCUUUCUCAGCGCAGUGGGAAAGCUCUACCAACACGGCAUCCCUCUCGACCUGGCACCACUAUUCCCGAACUCAAAAGCCAUACCAGGCUUACCUACCUACCCUUGGGACCACAGCGCAACAUAUUGGUCUGAGAGUCGUAUAUCAAAAGCUUGGAGGUCCCGAGAGUACCCCCAGCACUGCCUUCUUGGUUCGCGCAACUUUGAAGGAUCAGACCUAGAACCUCAAUGGCGAAAUCUUCUCAGUAUAGAAGAUGUUCCCUGGCUUAUGGAUCAUAAGCUGAAUCAAGACGUGGUUUUUCCAUUCGCUGGGUACAUCGCGAUUGCUGGUGAAGCCAUCAGACAGGUUACUCACUCUCAUCUAGGUGCGGCAUAUCGACUGCGACAUGUUAUUGCUCAUCGAGCUCUGCUGAUUUCCGAUUCGGUUGAAGUCUCAACUAGCCUACGCGUUCAUCCGCUUAACGAUCUUGAAGACUCUUCAUGGUAUGCAUUUACUAUUUCCUCAUACGAUGGCUCAGGCUGGGCUAAGCAUUGUACGGGGCAAGUUAGCAUCUCUGAGAAGGUCAGAGUUGCGAAUUGGGUCCCAGAGGUGCUCCCUAGACAGAUUGACUGCACGCGCAUAUACAAUCAACUUGCCCAGGUGGGUUUCAUCUAUGGUCCUGAGUUCCGUGGCAUGUUAGACGCUACGGUUUCUCCUUUGGAAGACCUUGUCCACGGUCGCAUCGCCAACAAGACUGCGCAGAGUCACUCUCCAUUCACUCUACAUCCAGCGACGAUAGACACCGGUCUUCAGUUACUUCUUGUAUCGCAAGCGAGGGGUCUGGCUAGAAACAUCGUCGAACUUGCUGUACCAACAGCUAUUCAAGACGUUGAGGUCAGCGGAGGCACAGAUCUGAUGGACGCCAAGGCAUGGAAGCUACAUGAAACAGAACCGUGCGUUGAACUCAAUGCUGGUGGGAAAGUCGCCCUCCGCGCUUCAGGUAUACAGUUGAGGGCUCUGGGAGAGGAAAUGCCCUUUGACGAACUCGACGUUCAUGCUGCUUCACGCCUCAACUGGCUUCCGCACUUUGACUUUGUGGACCCCUCGAAACUCUUUGUUCCACCAACUAUCAACCGGGAGGAGUGCCAUCUACAGGAGGAGUUGACUCUUCUUUGCAUCAUUGAAACUGUUGAGAAGAUUAAAUCUCUCGAGCCAUGCCAACCUCACUUCACCAAGUUCCGAAACUGGCUCAACAAACAGCUUGAUGUUGCCGCAUAUGGGGAUUACAACCUUGUCAGUGAACCUCAACAAUUCCUUGAUACUUCCCAGGAGUUUAGGCUCUCCAAGAUCGAAGAAAUCACCUGUAAGUUACUGGAGAUGCCGCAAAAGGCGCUGACUAUCGGACUCCGACGUCUCUUUGAUGAUAUCGAGAACCUGUUCACUGGCAAAGCAGCAACUAUCGAGACUCUUCUCAAGGACAACGUCUUGGCAGAUAUUUACAAUGUUAUGACUUUCGAUUACUACAAGUUUCUCUGCAUUCUUUCACAUACACGCCCUACCCUCAGAAUUCUCGAGGUCGGAGCUGGAACAGGAGGCACUACAGAGACUAUUCUCCGAGGCCUAGCGCAGGUACAAGGGCUCCCGGCUUACUCUGUCUAUACUUUUACGGACAUCUCCGCUGGUUUCUUUCCUGCAGCCAAGGAUCGUUUUUCGAAUGCUUCAAACAUGGAGUUCAAAGUGUUAGACGUCUCCCAGAAUCCUCUUGAACAGGGCUUUCAAAGCGGAACUUAUGAUCUUAUCGUGGCAGCCAACGUUUUGCACGCUACGCCUUCACUGCACGAGACGUUGAACAAUAUUCGAGCCUUGCUCAAAUCAGACGGCAUGCUUGUCAUGACAGAAGUGUGCAGUCUAUCACGUUUGACGAACUAUGUUUUCGGCAACUUUUCUGGCUGGUGGUUGGGAGAACAGGACGAUCGACCUGAUCAGCCCUAUGUCCCUGUAUCACGAUGGGACCAAGAGUUGAAGAAGACUGGGUUCAGCGGUGUUGAUGUGGCUGUCUAUGAUGAUGAAGAGCCAUAUCGGCAUUGUGCUGUCAUAGUGGCUGGCAAAGAACCUUCUUUCGCCAUUGACCCUACUUCUGUUACUCUAUUAGCCCAGUAUCCUGAGAGUUAUCCAGCUACCCAAGUCUCGGCUGCACUGGAAUCUAGAGGUUGGAAGAUCGCAGUGCGCAAAAUAGAAGAUGAAGCUCCUCAAGAUCAGGAUAUCGUCUCGUGCCUUGACUUGGAAGCCGCCUUCUUUGAGGACAUUUCACAAGAAUGGUUCAUGAAGUUCCGAGAAUUCACACGGUCUCUUGGCUCAAACAGCGUUUUGUGGCUCAUGCCUCCGACUCAGGUUGGGUGUUUGAAUCCAAGAUCGGCUCAAACACUGGGUGUUGCUCGAACUCUUCGAUCAGAACUAGGGCUGAACUUCUACACGCUCGAGAUUGACCUCAAGGAGGAUCAUUUUAGUACUCUGGUUACGAAUGUCUUUGAGAAGGUCAUACAAGAUCAAGACAGUGAGACUCUUGAGCCAGAUAAGGAAUAUAUUGUGCAUGACGGUGCGAUCUGUGUUGGUCGGUACCAACCUAUUCAUAUCGCUGAAGAAGCGUUGGACAAGGCUCAGCGUGGCGAGGUCAUGAAGACCUUGCGAGUUGAGCAGCUUGGAUCCCUCGAAACAAUGAACUGGUCCGUCGCCAGGAUACCAGACUCGCUCAUGGACGACCAAAUUGAGGUCAAAGUUCACUGCGCUGGUCUCAACUUCCACGACAUUGUCUCAGCUAUGGGUCUAAUCCCCUCCGAAACUUCACAUGUCUCACCAGGUGUCGAAGUCUCUGGCGUAGUCAGACGCCUUGGAAGCGCAGUGAUGGGCUUUUCUAUCGGAGAUCGCGUCAUGAGUCUAUGUUACAAUGGCGGCUUCUCUACGUACUUCACAGCCAAGCAUCACUACAUGCACCAGAUUCCCGAUGACAUGAGCUUUGAAGAAGCUGCUACCAUUCAAUGUUGUUUUUCCACCGUCAUAUAUGCAUUACUUGACGUAGGGAAGAUGCGCAAGGGAACCAGCGUGUUGAUCCAUUCUGCCUGUGGGGGCAUUGGUCUGGCAGCUAUUCAGGUCGUACAGAUGAUGGAAGGGGAGAUAUAUGCCACAGUGGGAAACAAGGAGAAGAGAGAAUAUCUGGUCAAGGAAUACGGUAUCCCACGGGAACGCAUCUUCCACUCCCGCGAUGUUUCGUUCCUGGAUGGGGUCAUGCGUCAAACAGCCGGAAAAGGCGUCGACCUAGUUUUGAACUCUCUCAGCGGCGAGCUUCUCAACGCUUCAUGGAAGUGUGUUGCCAAGUCCGGUACUUUCCUUGAGCUUGCGAAGCGCGACCUCGCUUCAUGUGGUCAGCUUGAUAUGAGUGGCUUCUUAGACAAUAGGUCGUAUUGCGGUAUUGAUAUGCACUACCUGAUAGGAGAGCAGCCUGUCGUAGUAAAGGGUGUAAUGGAAAGAACUCUCGAAUUCUUCAGACAGGGAAAGCUCAGAGCUAUAAAACCUGUGACCUCUUUUGCCGCCAGCGACGCCAAGAAGGCAUUUCGCUACCUCCAAGAUGGUCAGCAUAUGGGGAAGGUGGCUCUCGACAUGCCUACAGACUCAUCGAAGCUCGAGGCUAAGACCGCCACUCAGGGUAUACGGUUCAACCCUCUCGCAUCUUACUUCCUUGUUGGUGGCUUGGGUGGUCUCGGUAGAGCUUUGGCGGUCUGGUUAGUGGAGCGCGGGGCCAAACACCUUGUGUUUCUCUCAAGAAGCGGUAUGGCGGACGACAAGUUCUCUUUAGAACUUGAGGCCAUGGGAUGCAGUGUCUCUGUCGUCAAGGGAAGCGUUAACAGUCUGGAGGAUGUAGAAAAUGCCAUCAGCAAGGCCCCCUAUCCCAUCAAAGGUGUCUUUCACCUUGCUAUGGUACAAAGAGACUCUCCCCUGCUGGAAAUGAAGUGGGCGGAUUGGAAGGAUGCCAACGAGCCCAAGGUCAAUGGAACUUGGAAUCUCCAUCAAGCACUUCAUGACCAGCCCCUGGAUCACUUCUGGCUAGCAAGUUCCGCAGUCACAUUUGCCGAUCAGCCUGGUCAGGGCAACUACAAAGCCGGAUGCAUGUUCAUCGAAUCAUUCUGCCAGUACAGACACUCUCUUGGCCUUCCCGCAUCGGUACUCUCAAUAUGUGGUAUUGAAGACGUCGGAUACUUGGCAGAGAAUCCAUCAGCGCUUCGCAGCAUUAAACUUCAGGGUCUACACACUGUGAGAGAAAAGGAGUUUCUUGAAAGUGUAGAGGCUUCUCUGUUCAAUUCUGCUCCAAGGAAGGACAGCUCUAGCGGUAGUUUCGGGAACCUCUCGUCGAAUGAGUGGUCGCCGUGGAAGAAUAAUGGCCAUAUUGCUAUGGGUAUGAGAUCUCAUCUUCACCUCGACGAUCCCAAAAAUCCUACCAAUUGGCGUCGUGAUCGUCGAAUGGGUGCAUAUCACAACCUUCCAACUGGAGAUAAAUCCGACACGCGAGGUGAAAGCAGUCAACUCAAGAUCUUUCUGCAGACCGUCAGUGAAGGAGAUGCCAUUGAAACACUAGCAGAAGAAGAGUCGAUUGACUUUCUAUCUAUCGAGAUUGGUACAAAGGUCAACGAUUUUCUUCUUCGUCCAGAUGCACCUGUUGAUCCUAAUCUCAGAUUAUCUGAGAUGGGACUCGAUUCACUUACUGCGAUUGAGUUGCGGCGAUGGUUUGGUCAAGUGUUUGGAUUGCAAGUUAGUGUGUUGGAGAUGAUCGGGGCAGCGUCGCUGAAGGAGGUUGGGCGGAUUGUAGCGACCAGAUUGGGGGAGAAGCUUAGUCGACGGGACAUGUGA